AUGCGGCUGGACUUCGCCCUCGACUCCGCGAUCGACCACUACCACACCAGCGGCGAUCUGGCCCCGUUUUUCGAGGCCCUGGACGACAUCGGCCACGAUGGCCCGUUCGCCCAGGAGCCCCAGGCUGCCGCGAAGUGGGCCGACCAGGCGCAGGACGGCCAGCGGUUCGUGCACGGCAUGAUGUUCGGGAGCGAGGAGGACAGCGCGGAGUGCCCCGCGGGGCGCACGGAGUCGGGCCCGUCGUACACACUGGCGACGUCCGAGAACGGCCACCCGGAGCCCUCCCGCGGGUAUCGCGCGCACUACGACGCCCCAAACCGCUCCGCAUUCUCCGCGAGCCACCCCCACGCGCCCAACUACGCCGCGGUCCACGCCUCGUGGCCCCACCAGGCCGGCACCAGCAGUGGCGUCCACGGGGCGGCCCCGCAGGCCGCCUGGGCGGCCACCACGGCGCCCAUGGUGCCCUCGCAGCCGUCGCAGAUCAACCCCGCGAAGCGCACGGCCUCGCACGCGGCCCUCGAGGCCCCCCAGGCGCCUCCGGCCAAGUUGGUGCGCGUCGACCACGGCCCGCCCGUUCCGCGCCCCGCCGUCCCCUACGAGGCCUACCAGGAGCGUUCCUCCGCGCCUGAGUACCAGUCGGUGCCCGGGGCGGCCUCCACGGUGCGCCCCUCGGCCGGAUCGUCCGCUGCGUCGGACCCGGAGCCUGUGGCCCAGCAGCCGCAUGGCCUGACCAGCUUCGAAGACGCGCGCCGGGACGCCGCGACCGCGCCGUCGAUCGCCAACAUCUUCCGCAUCUUCCAGACCUACGUCGACAACCUCCUCGUCGCGCGGUCCGUCGACGGCGUGAAGCGCCAGGUGCCCCAGCUGCGUACGGUCCGGAAUGCCAAGAGCAACGCCGCGUUCCUGACGUCGGGCUCGCGUCUCUCGGCCAACUCGAUCUUCGAGGAGCUCAUCCCCGCGCUCGAGUGGGGGACGAUGCCGGAGCUCGUCGCCCACGGCUUGCACGCCGACUACCCGCCGUGGAUGCUCGAGUCCGCGCACGUCCUCUUCCUCACGGGCAAGCUCUCGGACGCGGACCUGUGCGGCGCGGAGUGCGCGGAGCACCACACCACGUGCCUGGCGACGGUGCUGUCGCUGCGCAACCACCGCUUCGCCGGCGGGCUCGCGCCCGAGGAGCUCGCCGCGCAGCCGCGCGACGCGAUGACGCGGCUGCUGAAGGCGGACGAGGACGCGGUGAUGCGCAUCCUCGCCAUGACGCGGCACGGCUCGCGGCACUUUGCCAAGGCGCGCCGGUCGGGCUCGUACGAGGCGUGCGCGGCGCUCGCCGCGGCCGCCGAGCGCUCGGGCCGCCCGGCGCUCCCGGGCGUCCGCAUGCCGGCCUUCUGCCGCGGCCUGCUCCAGGAGUGCUUCCACCAGGAGGGGAGGGGGUCGAAGGCGAAGAAGGGCGAGGCGCGGUCGAUCUUCAAGGUGCACGGCUCGGAGCCGCGCGAGGUCGCGUCGAUGCGCCGCAAGCGCGCGAUCUACGCCUACCUGGCCACGCUGGCGCUCCCGGGGAGCCUCAUGGCCAUCGUGGCGCCGGGCUACGAGCGCGUGCAGGUCGCGGCGACGUCGCCCGCGGGCGUCGCGCUCGUCGCGACGGACGCCGCCGGCGUCGCGGUGACGACCGAGGCGCCGCUGCUGGCCCAGGGCGCCACGGCGCUGGCCCCCGCGCCCGCCCCCGCGCCCGCGUCGGCGCCGCUGCUCGAGGCCCCCGCGCCCCUCGUGGAGGCCCCCGCGCCCCUCGUGGAGGCGCCCGCGACGCUGGAGUCGCUCACGCACUUCUAA